CUCAUCAAGGCGCCCGCCGAGGCCUGGAGUAGCGCGCAGCGAGCUCGGGACGGCGGACGGCAGGUAGAGCUGCUCCGGGGGUGGGCUCAGGAGCGUCGGCGCGGUCAGAGCUGCUGGGCCGAGGAGCAGACGUUGGAUUUAGUCCGGCUCUAGUCCGUGCCCACUGGUGCCAUCGAGACCUCGUCGCGGUGUCUUUGUGUGUGACCCCUCCGCUGCCGUGUAUAUCAGGCUGGGGUGCUUGUAUAUGCUUGUACAUAAACUCUACCUUAGAGACAAGUGCUUGCUUGCAUUCUGGAGAGAAAUGACAGAGCCCAACCCCCUUCACUGCUCUUUCAUCUGCAGGUAUGUGUAUGAAUACUUGAUAAUAGCUGGGUUUACAACUGGACUGGAGCUUUAAUCUGGAAACUUCCAUCAGUUUGGUACGCCAGCAGAAAGCCCACUCCAAAUUUCAUACAUGAUCACUCUGACGGAGCUUGCUACUCUCUCGGAGAGUCAGUCCACUCAUCGACUUCUCAAACCCUGGUGGGACGUUCUGAUGGACUAUUUUGUAGUGAUUAUGAUGAUGGUGUCCCUCUUGUCAGCCACCUUGCUCAUUUCUAAUGAUAAAGUUGCAUGUUUACCUUGUAACAAUGUGCAAAGUCUGAACACCACACCAAGAUGUUACGUAAAUAAUUCUCACAUGGUGGAUUCCAAUACAAAGAAGAUACAGAACGUGAACAAGAAUGAUCCCAGUUCCCAAGAAUCCUCAUCAACAACUAAGAAAUCAAAAGGAGGCCAUAAAACAAAUUUGGAUUUCCAGCAGUAUGUUUACAUCAGUCAAGUCUGCUACCAGAAGGCCUUGCCAUGGUACUCCAAGUACUUUCCUUAUGUAGCCCUUGUCCAUUCCAUUAUUAUGAUGAUCAGUGGCAAUUUCUGGUUCAAAUUCCCAAAAACCUCCUCCAAGGUGGAACAUUUUGUCGCCAUUCUGGGCAAGUGCUUUGAAUCACCUUGGACCACCAAAGCAGUUUCUGAAACGGCCAAUGAAGACUCUGAAAAUAGCCAACAUCGGACUAAAAUGUUCCACUCAAUGACACCGGAGCGCAGUGAGAACUCUGACACUUGUUCCUCAUUCACUUCCUGCCCCGAAGUGACCUUUGAGCCUCCUGUCACUGGGUCGGCCUCAAUGAAUAUCCUGGAUAAGCAGGACGGUGAACAGGCUAAGGCUCUCUUUGAGAAGGUCCGCAAGUUCCGGGCCCACACUGAGGACGGAGACCUCAUCUACAAGUUUUAUGUCGGUCAGACAGUUGUCAAGGCUUUAAAAUUUAUGAUCAUUCUAAUCUACACAUUUACCUUUGUCAACUCGAUCACGUUUGAACACAUCUGCAAGCCCAAGAUCAAAAACGUCACAGGCUAUUCUGUUUUCUUCUGCACUCACAGUAUGGCCUACAUGCUGCAGAAGCUGCUCAUCACCUAUAUCAUUUUGAUCGCACUCUAUGGAUUGGUGUGUCUCUACACAUUGUUCUGGCUGUUCCGAGGCUCUUUGAAAGAAUAUUCCUUUGAGAAGGUGCGUGAGGAGAGUAAUUUCAGUGACAUUCCUGAUGUUAAGAACGAUUUUGCUUUUUUGUUGCACAUGGUAGACCAAUAUGACCAACUCUAUUCCAAGAGGUUUGCCAUUUUUCUGUCUGAAGGCUGUGAGAGCAAACUACUGGAGAUGAACCUUAACCAUGAGUGGACUUACGAGAAGUUGAGGCAGCAUGUGUCCAAAAAUAGCCAAGGGAAGCUCGAACUGCAACUCUUCAUGUUGUCUGGAAUUCCAAAAGCUGUAUUUGACAUGAGUGAUCUGGAGGUUCUGAAGCUGGAGCUGGUUCCUGAUGUGAAACUGCCUGCUAAAAUAUCUCAGAUGGCAGCUCUGAAGGAGCUCUAUCUUUACCAUUGCCCUGCAAAAGUCGAUCAAAUUGCCUUCAAUUUCCUCAGAGAUCACCUUCACAUCUUGCAUGUCAAAUUCACUGAUAUUUGUGAGAUCCCUUUGUGGGUAUACUCACUCAAAAACCUGGGGGAACUGCAUCUUUCUGGCAAUCUGAAUUCUGAAACCAACAAGGCCAUUGGGCUGGAGUCCCUAAAGGAACUGAGGCACCUCAAAAUUCUUAUCCUGAAGAGCAACCUCUCCAAAAUCCCCUCCAAUGUCAUGGAACUUGCUACUCACUUAUCUAAAUUGGUUAUUCAGAAUGAUGGCACAAAGUUACUGGUCUUUAAUAAUUUGAAGAAGUUAGCCACUCUGUCUGAGCUUGAGCUGCAGAAUUGUGAGCUUGAGAGAAUCCCACAUGCAGUAUUCAGCCUUCCUAACCUUCAGAAACUAGACCUGAAAUUCAAUAAUAUCCAAACCAUUGAGGAGAUUGUUAGUUUCCAGUACCUCAAAAGGCUUUCAUGCCUCAAACUUUGGCACAACUCUAUCGUCUCCAUUCCUACAACCAUUGGUCUCAUCAAAAACCUUGAGCAACUUUUCUUAAACAACAACAAACUGGAGUCUUUGCCCAGUGCUCUGUUCACCCUCAGAAAGUUAAGGCAGCUGGAUCUCAGCCACAAUCUACUUACAACUAUUCCCCAAGACAUUCAGUUACUCCAGAACCUGCAGCAUUUCUCCAUCACCAAAAACAAGGUUGAGACCCUGUCUGUUCACCUCUUCCAGUGCCUAAAACUAAAGACUUUACAACUUGGUCAAAAUUCGAUCAACUGUAUUCCCCCUGAAAUUGGACAGUUGACACAACUCACUCACUUGGAGCUGAAAGGUAAUCACUUGGAAAAAAUUCCACCUGAGAUCGGCUACUGUGCAUUACUGAAAAAGACCAAUCUUAUUGUUGAGGAUAUAUUGUUUGAUCGCCUGCCCACUGAGGUCAAAGAUAAUCUUACAGAACAAGAUUUUUCUUCUGUUGUUUAAAUUGCCUUCCUGAAGUUGCGGGAAAUUUCUAUUCUUGAAUCGAUUAUCAAGUGCUGCAACUCCAGAAAGAUUUUUAAGUCACCUAAAAUUCACUUGAAAGAAUGAGACCCAAAGGGAAAACUCCACUGGUUUGGAAAAUGGACUGUUGAUUUGAAUUAGAAUUAAUUCAGAAAGCCAAAAGCAAAAUAUUGCAGAUGCUGGAAAUCUGAAAUGCACUGGAAGUACUCAGCAGGUCGUUACCUUGUAAGGCUAUCGACUUGAAACAGGCAGAAGAAAAUCUCAGAUUAUGGAAUCUGCAGCAAGAAACAAACUGCUGUAGAAAGUCAGUGAGUCAAGCAGAAUCUGAUGCAAGGUCACAACCUGAAAUGUUGAUAAUCUCUGUGCCUCUCCACAGAUGCUGCCUGACCUAGUGGGUUCCUCUGGUAGUUCGUGUUUUGCAUCAUCAUGAAGUAUUAACUUUUGCUCUCUGAUCCUGCUAUGUCCUUAUGGUUUAUUGCUAAUUCAGCUAUGUCACAUUGUUCUUCAAAGCUAAGACCUUUUAAAGGUCCUUGAUCUAGGUACUGCCUGCUGCACAUACUGAGAGGUCUGCAGUGAGCUACCCAAUUAGUGCAUCUUUGUGUUUGACCUUAGCAAGGAGUCAGUUGGAGAGGGUUUCUGACAUCCAAGAGGAGUGAGGGGGGAAAUCUAGUUACUCACAAGCUCAGAAGUUAACAGAGGGACAGAAAGGGAAAGAUGUAUAAAACAUAGGGCAAUUGUCUGAAGCACAGUGAAUAGAAUUGAUUAAACAUUUCAGAAGCAAAGAACUGCAAAUCCAGAAAUUAAAAAAAAUAACGAGGGAUGUGCACACACACACGUACUUAAAGUGACACACAUGCACAUAUAUAUGUAUGUACAGUAGUAUCUCAGUAUCUGUAGAGGGGGAAACAAAAUUAAUGUUUUGUAUUGAAGGCCCCAAAAGGUUAAUUCCUCUCCCCAUAAAUGCCACCAUACUUAUUGAGUAGUUUUAAUAUCCUAUUUUAUUUUAAUUGUUUAGAACCUAUGGCAUUUCUUUAACUCACAGUUUCUCCAUUUGUCUAUCUUACUUUAUUUUCCCCUUUUUUCUGCACACAUCAAUUUCUGUUCCAUCUGUUUUAUGCUCUUGCUCUCACUCUCUCUUACUAUCUUGUGACCUACUCUUCAGAAAUGCCUUUUAAUAUUAAAAACCAGAAACUGCUGACAAGACCCUGCAUGGUGUGAAGCAAAUGACCGAGCUGCAGUUUUGGUGCAAUCAUGUCAUCAGAACUGGAAGGUAUUAGUGGCGAGAACAGAGCUACUUUAAAGAACAAUAAUCACAGACUGAACUUGCUGCUUCAACCUGCAGCUGAGCUUCUUUUAAUACCUCCCAUCGGAAUAUGCGGAGCAGCUUCAAUGAAGCAGAGCCGGCAUAAUUUCAACAUGGGUGGGAGUCUGAUAGUUGGACUUUAUUCUCAGUUGGCCAGUAAAAAGAAAGUAAAUACUGAAGGAAGCAUUUUCAUAAAGUUAACCCUUUAAGAUUUAAACUGGGCUGAUAAUCAGUAAGUUAGAGAUGAGUAAUUGUACAGUUACUGUUUGAUAUGAUUGAGAUAGGUAAUCUAGCACAGCAUGAUUAAUUGUGAUUGUCUGUCAUUGUGACAAAACAGUGAUCAAAUCACUUAAGCGAAAAAUUGGCAGUAGGAUGAAACAAAGCAUUUAAUAGUCCAAGGGCUGGACAAGUUCUGAUUAUUUAAGUAAAGUUUGAUCAGUGAUGAUGAGAUAAUUUAGCAAAUAUUCAGAGAUUCUUGGAAUUGGAUUGAGAUUAAAGACAACAUGAAGCUCUCUGGAUUACCCUCUUCUAUAUGCAACUCUUCUACAAACAGAGGCAGAAAAUAAUCUAACGGAAGCACAUGAUGCUCCAAGGAAAGGGGAAGAAUUGGUUUCACCAGCAAACCUGCUAUAGCCAGGGUAUACGUCUCAUCAGUGGAUUUUCAAAUGCUCAUCAUCUGUAUGUGAUUUUUAUGUGGAAAUAAAUUUAAAGUAGAAUCUA